CCUUAAGAAGCUACUAAAUUAACAGCCAAGACUGCCCCUAACCUGUGCCAUGAACCCCAACCCUCUCAUCUACUGCACCUGCUGGGAUCCAUGGAACAUAGGGCCAAGGAAGCUAAUCAAGACUCCUCAGCCACCAAAUAAGAACUCUUCAGGAAGACCCAAGCUAAUUCCUCUUGUAUCAACUUCAAAAGAACACAAUUACAUUCAACCCCAACCAACAGUAAAGCCUCCUGCAGCCCCUAAAGUGAAAUCUCAUUUAGGAAGGCAAGGCGAAAGCAGUAAAACACCUACUGAAGUAAUCAACGUGUCACCUGGCUACCAACUUGUUCGGAACCGUGAGCAGAUUUCAGUCACUUUGGGGGAUGAGAUGUUCAGUAGGAAAAAACAGUUGGAUUCUGACACCUCGAAAAAAGUUGCAGCUUCCAGGACUGAAAUCAUUUCUGACCUUGAGGAGCAGAUCUCAGAGCUGACUGCAAUCAUAGAACAAAUGAACAGAGACCAUCUAGCUGCUCAGAAGUUGCUUUCCACUGAGAUGGAUCUUCGCUGUGCUGAGCUGAAGCAGCACUUUGAGAAUAUGAGCAGGGAGCUCACCAAGUCUCAUAAAGUAGAGCUCGGUAAGUUAGAGAACAACUACAAAGAAGCGUUGAAGGCAGAGAAGUCAGCUGCGCAGGUGAAACUAGAGGAGAUGGAAAAGGAGUAUAAGUAUUUGAAGAACAUGUUUCAUAUGUAUCAGGAUAGCAUUUAUGAUGAGAUGGAAGAUAGAUGGUCCAAGCGGAAGGCAGAAUGGGAGAAGGACGAAAAGUUAGAGCGAGAAAAAAUCCUACUACAGCAAAAACAUAAGAUGGCAAAAAGGUUCGAGUUAGAGUCAGAAGAAGAAAAGAAGAAAAUAAGCAAAUCUUACAGUGAUAUCUUUGAGACCUUUGUUCAAGAAAAGGAGGAGCUCAUGAAGCAGCAUGAAAGGGACACCCUGCAAUUACAGGAGCUGAGAAAGACCAAAGAGAUCAUAGAGGAAGAGUUGCAUGCACAAGCUCUUAUUUUGGAAUCACUUAACACAAAUCUUUACCAAACCCAGAUGGAACUCCAGAAAGAGAAGGCUACAGUGGGAAAUCUGGAGAAAACACUCCAGACCAAGCUUGCUGAAGCUGAAGAAAAGUAUAAGUACACCAUAAAGACCUUGACUGAAGAAAAUGCUCGACUAAGGGAACAGCUAAAUGCCAAGAAUGAAGAGACUUGUGAAAGAACAUCUGAAGGGUUGACCUCCAUUACCCCUAAUGACUAUGACUUUGACUUAGAAGACAGUAGUAACAAAAAGCAAACAUCAUAAAGCAGCAUUGUUCUCCACCGCUGAAGAGGGUAGGAACACCAUCCUGACCUGGGCCAGGGAACUCCUGAGAGGUUUUCUUGAGAAAUGCAUGUGAUGAGUUGAGUUUUUGGGUUGCUCUGGCUAUUUUUAUUUUUUUACAAUUGGUCUUUCUUCUCCAUGGCUGGGAAAGUUUGAAUUCGUACCUCAGUUGCAUAGAUUGUCAUGACUCUUCACUGAGCACCUAUGUCCUCUGUAUCUGGAACUUGGCUUUCUCUGCAUACUAUUUUCUCUUCAACGUUUACAAAUUUUAUUAGAAACAUUUAUUUGGAGGACUUCCUCUUAUUGCAUGUUGAGUAUAUUUUGAACUGUACUUUAUGUCACCCUGGAGCAUUUAGCUAAUAAGACAGAUAAUUUAUUGAUUUUAUUACAGACCUUUUCCUCUUUAAAUACAUGUGUAGACUUUCCCAGCUCCCAACUAUGAAGCCUCCCCAGUGACUUAAAAGAGGUACAUGUGAUGAUUCUCCUCUCAAACCAUCAUCCUG